UAAGUUAAAUGUACUUACACGCACCGUUUUGGUGCAGAAGCAAAUGUCUUGCUGUUCUUCACCACCACUCACUUCUCAGCUUCUUGUAUUAUCGCCUCGUGAAACCGGCAGAAGCAAAUGUAAAACCCAGCUAGGAUCAUGCCAUGUUGGCGCCAGAAUGUCUCUCAAUCAGCCACCUUCAUCCUAUUCUUCCAACCCCGGCAUCACACUCCUCAAAAACGUUACCAAGCUCCUGUGGGGGCCAUCUCUCCCGCCGGGACUCCUCAUCUCAACCGUCCGUAACGCAUGGAACUCCACGUGGCAAAUCAUGAUGUCACAGCUAGCCCCUUCUGAUUCAGCCGGCAACUACACUAGACCAGCUUCCAAAUUCCCCCUCCAAAAUUACCCACCACCUACCACCAACCUCCACCUCUAUGUGGGCCUGCCCUGCCCAUGGGCCCACCGGACCCUGAUAGUCCGAGCUCUGAAAGGCCUCGAAGAUGCCAUUCCAGUCUCAAUUGCGUCGCCGGGCCAAGACGGUUCCUGGGAAUUUAAAGCUAUCGGUGGCUGGGGGGGUACAGAUAUUCUGGUCCCGGGUUUGGAUAACUUAAACGGGUGUAAGAAUUUGAAGGAAGUUUAUAAGUUAAGGAAGGGCGGGUACGAUGGAAGAGCCACUGUGCCUAUGCUAUGGGACGUUGAUAAAAAGGAGGUGGCUUGUAAUGAGAGUUAUGAUAUAAUCCAGUUUUUCAAUUCGGGCUUAAACGACAAGGCUCGUAAUCCGGGUUUGGAUCUUGCAACAGUUGAAUUGAAGGGAAAGAUUGAAGAGUGGAAUAACCUCAUUUACCCCAAUGUCAAUAAUGGAGUUUACAGAUGUGGGUUUGCACAGAGUCAGGAGGCAUAUGAUAGGGCAGUGAAUAAUUUGUUUAGUACAUUGGAGAUGAUCGAUGAUCACUUGGGUGGUUCGCGUUAUCUGUGUGGAGAUUCACUAACUCUUGCCGACGUUUGUUUGUUUACUACAUUGAUUCGGUUUGAUGUCGUGUAUAAUGUGUUGUUUAAAUGCACGAAGAAGAAGCUCAUUGAGUUUCCCAAUCUUCACGGCUACAUGCGUGACAUUUAUCAGAUUCCUAAGGUUGCAGCUACGUGCAACUUUGUGGAGAUCAUGGAUGGUUAUUACAAAAUACUUUUUCCCCUGAAUCCGGGUUGUAUUCGACCAGUGAUGCCAUCAGGCUGCGAGCACCAAAUUCUCCUGAGUCCUCACAACAGGGAAAACCUGUCAUCAGUUGACAAUAGUAUGCAGUUGUAUGUUUCCUAGGGGCGAUCGAAAUGAGUUUCACAGGGAAGUUGAAUAUCUGUACAUAAUAUAAUUUUAAUGUUCAUAUAAAAUUUUAGUCUUACUCA